CAUUCCAUCAACAGAAACCAGCUGUUGUUGUCUUGUUUUUUAAAGAGAACAUUACCGGCUUUGUCAUCCAUUACAGUUUAGUGAGAUAUUUUGUAUUGAAUUUUGAUGGUAUUACUAAGAAUUUCGAGUAUUAGUUUUAGUGGCAUUCGGAAUUUGCGAACAUCAGGAAUAAUAUAUCAGGCUUCCAAGAUGGCGGAAUGUGUUCGUGAAAUCGACGGAGAUCUGUUCGCCGCCCCCAAAGAUCACUCUUUGGCGCACUGCGUUGCUGCCGAUCUGAAAAUGGGCGGUGGCAUUGCCGUCAAGUUCAAGCAAGUGUUCAAACAGGUCGACGAACUGAAGGCCCAAAAGGUUGGCGUCGGAGGUGUAGCGGUUCUCAAGGACGGCGAACGGUUCGUGUACUAUCUGGUUACAAAGCGCGGCUCGAUGGACAAACCGACCUACGCCGAUCUGACCAAGUCCCUGGAGGCCAUGCGGAAGCAUAUGGCUGAAAAUGGUGCCAAGAAGUUGGCAAUCCCUCGUAUUGGAUGUGGAAUCGAUGGACUCGAGUGGUCCCAGGUAAAGGAAAUUCUCAACUCUACAUUUGGCAAUGAGAAAGACGUUGAAAUUGUGGUUUAUAAUUUUGUUCCGAAAUGAGCUUGAGUUUUAUUUCAAUAAUUUGUUAGUAUAGUUCCUUUUUAGUGAAUAAAUUCAGCACUCAUUGAAUGUU